AUGGUGCUCUGGGAUCAGAAUUAUGAUUAUGUUAAUUUGCCGAUAGCGUGUAUCAUCGGGGUGAUAUACGGUGGCUACAGCGAUCACUACGGCCGAAAAUGGCCUAUGCUCAUCGGGAUUUUGAGUGUCGUGCUCGAUACGGCUUUCCGGAUCUUGAUAUGGAAAAACGUCAUUGAGGUAGCCGGGCGCUCCUUCGUCUCCUUGUGGGAAUCCGUGAAAAUCUUCUUUCGACCCCGAGAGGGACACCGUCGACUUUUCUUGUGGCUAUGCUUCGUGGCCAAUUUCCUGGAUCAAUUCGUUUUUGGGGAGGAGAAAGGUCUCAUCGGAACCUACACUCGACUAUCACCCUUCAACUGGGACACGCACACCUACGCACAGUACAAAUCUUGGCGGCCGAUAGUUCAAAUCAUCGGUCUCUUCGUGGGGACGCUGCUCUUCAAAAAGCUCUUCCGGCUCCGGGAUUCACUUGUCAUCACUUUUGCCAUCGCCAGUAUGGGACUCUGCGCUGUGGCUAUUGGAUUGGCUCACAUGACAUGGGUUAUUUUCGCCUCGCUGCCGGUUGGAUCCCUCCACGGACUCCUCAACCCACUCACAUACUCCUUCAUGAGCUGUCUCAUUGAGCAGAACGAGAUCGGCAAAGCCUUCGCCGUAAGCUCGAUCGCCCAAAAACUUGCUGGAAUCGCGCAGACGGCAAUCCUUCAGAACAUCUACACCGCUACGGUGGAUUGGUAUAUGGGCUUCGUCUGGCUAUUGAUGGGCGGAAUCACAGCCAUAGCUGUGGCCAUCUACGCGGUUGUGCACGUCAUCGCCAAGCGGGAGGGUAUCGAGCCGGAUCCU